GUGGCUGCGUCCCGGUCACCGGAAGAAGCCGUGUGACGUCACGAGGGCCUACGCGUCGCGCGGGGGCAGGAGUUGACGGACGGUCUCUGGCUCCGUUUGGGCGGCCCCGGGACCACGGAAGAGGCUCUCCUGGGCGGCCGCGAUGCCUAGCUCGCGGCGGGUCAGUCAGCUUCUGGAUCUAUGCCUGUGGUGCUUCAUGAAGAACAUUUCCAGAUACAUCACAGACAUUAAGCCUUUGCCUCCCAACAUAAAAGAUAGACUGAUUAAAAUAAUGAGUAUCCAGGGGCAGAUAACAGAUUCAAAUAUAAGUGAGAUUUUACAUCCUGAAGUCCAAACUCUAGAUCUACGAAGCUGUGAUAUUUCAGACACUGCUCUCCUGCACCUGCGCAACUGCAGAAAACUAAAGAAAUUAAAUUUAAGUUCCUCAAAAGAAAACAGAAUUUCCAUAACUUCAAAGGGAGUAAAAGCUGUGGCUUCCUCUUGUUCGUACCUGCAUGAAGCUUCUUUGAAAAGAUGCUGCAAUCUCACUGAUGAAGGAGUCCUUGCUCUUGCAUUCAACUGCCGGCUGCUAAAGAUCAUUGAUUUAGGUGGCUGUUUAGGUAUUACCGAUGUGUCCUUACAUGCAUUAGGAGAAAACUGCCCAUUUUUGCAGUGUGUUGAUUUUUCAGCUACUCAGGUAUCUGACGAUGGCGUGGUUGCGCUUGUUAAUGGAUCUUGUGCCAAGAAAUUAGAGGAGAUUCAUAUGGGACAUUGUGUGAAUCUGACUGAUGAGGCUGUAGAAGCUGUCCUCACUUGCUGUCCUCAGAUACGUAUAUUACUCUUCCAUGGAUGCCCCCUAAUAACAGAAGGGGGAAGAACAGGGGCGCCUAGGUGGCUCAGCCAGUUAAGCAGCUGCCUUCAGCUCAGGUCAUGAUCCCAGGGUCCUGGGAUCUGGGUCCCUGCUCAGUGGGGAAUCUGCUUCUCCCUCUCCCUCUGCCCCUGCCCUCCCUGCUUGUGUGCACACAUGCAUGCUCUCUAAUAAAUAAUCUUAAAAAAAAAAAAAAAAAAGUGGGACGAGCAGACAUCCUUGCCUUGUUUCUCAUCGUAGGGGGAAAACAUUAGUCUUUCAUCAUGAAAUAUGAUGUUAAAACUUUAGUUCUUUCAUAGACACUAUUAGGUUGAAGAAGUUCCCUUCUAUUCCUAGUUUGUUGAAUGUUUUUACCACGAGUGUUGUCAAAUGCGUUUUCUGUGUCAAGAUGAUCAUGUGCUUUUUGUCCUUUAUUGAUAUGGUAUAUGUCAUAGGCAGAAUAAUACCCCAAAGAUGUCCACGUUUUAAUGCCCAGGACCUUAAUAUGUUAUAUUCCAUAAGGUUGCAAAUGGAACUAAUCAGUUGACUUUAAAAUAGGGAGAUUAUCCUGGAUUAUCCAGGUGGGCCCAGGGUAAUCAUAAGGGUCUUUAUAAGGGGGAGAAGCAGGCAGAAGGAGAAUCAUAGAAUUGGCAGCAUGAGAAGGACUGUCAGCUGUUGUUCAUUUUGAAUAUGGAGGCAUGCAAGGAAUGUGGUGGCCUCUAGAAGCUGGAAAAGUCAAGGAGGUGAAUUCUUUCCCUUGAGCCUCCAAAAAGGAGUGCUGAUCCAGUUUAGCCCAAUGAGGCCUAAUUUGGAAUUCUGACCUCCAAACUAUACAAUAAUAAAUUUGUUGGGCACCUGGGUGGCUCAGUCGUUAAGCGUCUGCCUUCGGCUCAGGUCAUGAUCCCAGGGUCCCGGGAUCGAGUCCCACAUCAGGCUCCCUGCUCUGCGGGAAGCCUGCUUCUCCCUCUCCCACUACCCCUGCUUGUGUUCCCUCUCUGUCUCUCUCUCUGUUGAAAAAUAAAUAAAAUCUUAAAAAAAAAAAAAAAUUGUGUUGCUUUAAGCCAAUAAGGUUGUAGUAAUUUAUUACAGUAGCAAUAGGAAACUAAUGAAGUGUAUUAAUAUUAAUUUAUUUUCAGAUGUUAAACCAACCUUUCAUUCCUGGGAUAAAUCCCAGCUGAUCAUGGCAUACAAGUUUUUUUAUAUAUUGCUAGAUUUGAUUUGCUAGUGUAUUGUUGAGGAUUUUUGAGUACAUAUAAGAGAUAUUGGUCUGUAGCUUUGUAUGUGUGUGAUGUCUUUAUUUGGCUUUAGCAUCAGGGUAAUACUGGUCUCACAGAAUGAGUUGGGAAAUAUUCCCCAUAUCUGCUGUUAGUAAAGCACUCCACCUUUGUUAUAGUUACUGUUUUCAUGAUAUACAUUUGUCCAUGCUUUUACUUUCAACUUAUUUGAAACCUGUCUUUAAUCUAGAUUUCCUAUAUAAUGGAUUUCCUCUGUAAUAAAUGAUAUUUUUAUGACAAUAAGACUGCAUUUGUUCUCUUAUGAGC